AUGUGUGAAUAUCCUCAGUAUGGUUUCUUAUGCAGCAAGCAGUGUGACAAUUGUAAUGAAUCAUGUGACCACAGAACAGGCUGUCCAGAAUCAGAAAAAACAUCUUAUCUUUUAACUGUGAGCCAGUCACAGUGGGAAAUGACUACAAUGACUAUACAGAGUACAGACAAGGAUUCUAUAAUGCCAAACGUUACAGAAUCAGCCCAGACCAGGAAACAAAGCAGUAAUGAAUUGAACAGGAAACUUAGAAUUUCAGUUACAACGCUCGUAUGUAACCCUGGGUUUACUGGACGGAAUUGUUCCUUUAUGUGUGAAUAUCCUCAGUAUGGUUUCUUAUGCAGCAAGCAGUGUGACAAUUGUAAUGAAUCAUGUGACCACAGAACAGGCUGUCCAGAAUCAGAAAAAACAUCUUAUCUUUUUACUGUGAGUCAGUCACAGUGGGAAUUGACUACAGUGACUAUACAGAGUACAGACAAGGAUUCUAUAAUGCCAAACGUUACAGAAUCAGUCCAGACCAGGAAACAAAGCAGUAAUGAAUUGAACAGGAAACUUAGAAUUUCAGUUACAACGCUCGGUACGACUUGUGCAGUACUUUAUAUGGUGUAUUUUGGCUGGCUUCUACGUGAUAAAUUAAGCACAAGGAACAAUUUAAUAACGACCAACGAUUUGUCUGAUGUUGAAAAUGCUCAUCAAAACAUGCUUGGUCCAGACAUAGUAACAAUAACAUUCGAAUGAAAAUCAAAUAAGAUAAAUUCAGACGAUACUAAACUUACUAGGAUAUGCUGUGUACAUUCCUUAUUUUAGACUUGUAAUAAAUACCUUUUGAGACAUAUAUACAUGUAACAUCAAAAUUAAUCUUGUGAGAUUACUGAGUAGUGCGAGUGGACGGUUGAUCUAAAUAUGUUGAAUGGAUAUCAGAGCAUAAAAUGAGAGUUUUAAUUUAGUUUUAUAUUAUAAGUUAAAGAAUGAUACAAAUACAUAUGGUAUAUAUGUUGAGUACACGACUA